CCUCUUUUCAGUCACUAGGGAGAGUCUCUGAACUAGAAAAAAAAAAAAAAAGAAGCUGCUGCCGUCCCACUCAAAGGGUCCCACAGACAGCAGACAGGCAGGCAGGACCAGAGAGUCUGCACCGCUCCGCCAUCCGCACACCCGGCCUGCGGGACGCGUCGCCUUCUCCGUCCGUGAUGGAGAAAGACGCCUCUGAACCGGACCCAUCCCGCCAGCGGAACGGGGUCGUGGGCGUGUUGUACGGAGAGUUCACGGACACGCUCAACGACCGGGUCCGGUACUCGGUGAGCUUGACGGAGAGCGCCUUGACGGUCCAGAGGAUCACCUCGUCCCCCGGCCGGACUAAGAUGGUUUUUAACUUGACGGACUGUGUCGGCUGCCGGGCGUACAGAGGGCCGGACGGCGCGGACGUCGGCGCCUACUUCACGGCGUGUUUCUACCCGUUCAAGAGACGCUGGAUGAGCGCCGGAGUGGCCCGGCAGAGGGUGGAGCAGGGCUUUCGGGUGGCGCUGGUCCAGGACCCGCUCGCGAACCUCCAGGAGGCUGAGAGGUGGGCGCGUGCUAUCAGAGACGCCUCCGUGCUGCAGGCGCCGCGGAGAGAAGGUGUGGUGUACGCAGAGGUUUGCCGGCCCUGCAGAGUUAUGAUCCUGGUGAACCCUCACAGUGGUCGUGGACAGGCUCUCCAGCUCUUCACGGGCCACGUACAGGGCAUGCUCACGGAGGCCUCUGUUCCUUACACACUUGUCAUGACAGAGCACCAGAACCAUGCACGGGAGGUGGUGAAGAAGGCGGACCUGUCGCAAUGGGACGCCCUGGUUAUCAUGUCUGGAGACGGGCUGCUGUUUGAGGUGAUAAAUGGCCUGAUGGAGCGGGAGGACUGGCAAGAGGCCAUCCAGACCCCUUUGGGGAUUCUACCAGGUGGCUCAGGCAAUGCCCUGGCAGCCUCUGUCCACCACUAUUCACAGUCGCCUCCAGCGUGGAAUGAGGAGCUUCUCCUGAGCUGUGGUUUUAUGCUGUGCAAAGGUUUGGUUGGCUCUAUGGAUCUGGUGUCGGUCCACUUGGCCUCUCGGCAGCGCCUCUUCUCCUUCCUCUCCCUGGCGUGGGGCUUCGUUGCCGAUGUCGACAUCGAGAGUGAGAAGUACCGCCACGUGGGAGCAAUCCGCUUCCUGAUGGGCACCCUGGUGCGCCUGGCCUCCCUCAGAACUUAUCAGGGAAGAUUAGCGUAUCUGCCUGUUAAGGAGGCACCAAAACCUCCGAAAGGGAGCAUCAAGGUGAACCACCCUCCCUCCUCAACUCCUCAGCAGCCGUUGCUCUGCACCUCCCUUCCUUGUCGACUCUUCCCUAACCCCUCACCAAACCACAACGCUCUUCAUAAACACAUUAGCACAAACUCCAACCAUAACACCAUCACCAACUCCUCCAACAAUGCUAUCACAACAAAGAGACCCGAGACUCAGAUUGAUGGAAAGACCAGGGAACCUGUGGACUCUCUUCUUCCUGGCCUGGACCAGCCGGUCCCAGAGAGCUGGACAGUGGUCAAGGAGGAGGACUUUGUCUUGGUGCUGGCUAUUUACCAGUCCCACCUGGCUGAGGACCUGUGGACAGCUCCUGGUGCGAUGGCCGACGACGGGGUGAUUCAUCUGUUCUACGUGACAGCGGGGAUCUCCCGUCCUGCCCUCCUGCGCCUUUUCCUCGCCAUGGAGAAGGGCGCCCACUUGGCAUGCGGCUGCCCCCACCUGGUGUAUGAGAGGGUGAAGGCCCUGCGGCUGGAGCCUAUCUCUCCGCAAGGCAUGAUCGCUGUGGACGGGGAGAUGGUGGAGUAUGGGCCUGUUCAGGCGCAAAUCCACCCGGGCUUGGCACGACUCAUAUGUGGAUAAACUUGGAUUAUCAUAAUCUUUUUUUCUGGCUGCAGAGCUUUCUAGUUUGGCCUUUUAUACUCAGCGUCAGUUUCUGUGAAUAUGCUGUAUUUUCAGAAGUGCCAAAGACAUGUAAUCAGCGUCUGGAAAUUCCUCUAUUUUUCUACUGAAAUAAUUUGUCCUAUUUCUAUGCUCCUGCUUUCUCACUCUCAGUCUUUCCUUCAGGGUCAAAAAUAUGGAUGGUUGUCCUUGCUGCUGGCUGGUACCAGCUUAGAGAAAUGGGGAGGGAUUGUGUGUCUGUCUGUCUGUCUGUCUGUCUGUCUGUCUGUCUGUGUGUGUGUGUGUGUGUGUGUGCUGAAGAUCUAGGGAUCCCUAUGCAUGUCUGUGUGCACUCAAGUGUGUGUACGUGUGAGAUUGUGCAUGAGGAGCUUUGGCACACGGCGGUGCGGUGCAGUGGCUGAGGAGUGCAUUGUGCACUCUGCUGUCUGACCUCAUAAGCAUGUCGCACGUGAAGAGAAGCACAUUUUCCCGUCCUGAGAGGCUCCUGAGGUAGCCCCGCCCCCCUUGUCUCCCACUGUACUACACUAGGACCGACAAUCUCCCUCCUGGGCAACCGCUCGUACAGCAUCACCUCCCCCUCGGCCUGCUGUAGAGAAGCUGUCCUACUGAGGAGGUAUUAAUCCUCUGGGGAUUUGAUGUGGAAAAAUCUUUAAUCUUUGAAUAGCUUAUAUAAGUAAAAAAAAAAAAAAAAUCGAACAAUAGCAGAUCUAGUCAGAGAUUUUAGUCACCAUAUUUUUCUUUCCCUGACUGAAAACUUCCUCCAGCAGCUCAGAGUGGGGAUGAACAGGGAGAAACCUGCUCAGCUGGACUUCAUUUCCUGCCCUGUCUGUUCUCUUACCCUACUUCAUCAUCAAACUGUAGCAACUGCCUCCACUCACACAUAAAUAUACACUUUCUUUUCCCCAUCCCCCCUCCUCCUCUGCCAGUUUCUCACUUGCCCUCUCACACACACACACACACACACAUACA